CGUUUAGGACUGGUCAAAGUUUUUAUGAACUUUAAAUCAUCGCUUGAUUUCUUUUUUCAGUGUAUUGUCUGUGAGUUAGUAUAUUUUACAGAAAUAGCCAGUUUUGUUGCUGUUAAUCAGGGCUGAUAGAGCCGAGGUGACAUUUGGUGACUGACGGACUAGCGCCUCUCUUUAAACCCUCUGAGCGGAUGAUGAUGAUGAUGGUGGUGGGGCGCGGGCACGGCGCCUGACGUGUCUUUUCAUCAUCAGCUGGCUGUAGUGAGGAGCGCGCGGUGGCACUUUAUCGAGCUCUCCUCUCUCGCGCUCUCUCAUUCCAGCUCGAGCGCUGUGCCAUGCGAGCGCGUGCGUCUUCGCGUGCCAACCUCGCGUGCGCUCGGAGCGUCAGACCCCGGCGAGAUGCGGGAACUAUAACGAGAGCUCAAAUGUUUGGAGGUUCUCCACUGGAUUGUUGGUAAAUGUUCCUGCCCCACUCUCUGACGACCAUGCUUUAUUUCCAGCUGGUGAUCAUGGCGGGGACGGUCAUGCUGGCAUAUUAUUUCGAGUACACGGACACGUUCAACGUGCACGUGCAGGGCUUCUUCUGCUACGAGACCGCGUACACGAAACCCUACCUCGGACCCGAAGACACGAGCGCCAUCCCGCCUGCCCUGCUGUACGCGGUGGUCACCGGAGUCCCCACGCUGCUGAUCACCGUGACAGAAACGGUGUUGUUCUUGAUACAAUACACAUCGAAAGAUCUUGACAGUCGAGAGAAGACCAUCGUGACUGGGGACUGCUGUUACCUCAACCCAUUAGUGCGGAGGACUUUCCGUUUCCUUGGUGUAUACAUGUUUGGCCUUUUCACCACAGACAUCUUCGUGAAUGCUGGUCAGGUGGUAACGGGGAACCUGGCCCCUCAUUUCCUGACAGUGUGUAAACCCAACUACACAGCUCUGGGUUGCCAGCAAGCUCUUCGCUACAUCAGCCAUCAGGAAGCCUGCACCGGCAACGAGGACGACAUCCUACGAGCCCGCAAAACCUUCCCUUCCAAAGAGGCGGCGCUCAGCGUGUACGCUGCUGUCUAUAUGGCUAUGUACAUCACAUUUACAGUGAAAGCCAAAGGAACUCGUCUGGCUAAACCAGUCAUGUCUUUGGGCCUGAUGUGCCUGGCUUUCCUUACGGGUAUUAACAGAGUGGCAGAGUAUCGUAAUCACUGGUCUGACGUCAUUGCUGGCUUUAUCAUCGGUGUGGCCAUCGCCACCUUUCUAGUGGUGUGUGUGGUCCAUAACUUCAAAGGCAAACAACUGCUGAGUGAGGAUCCCCCACAGGACCACCUAAGCACCAAUCCGAUGGUCAGCUCGCCCAGGGUUGAGAGUCCACUGGAGAAGUACAUCGCUUCACAGAAUCACAUCGCCUUCGCUGAGAUCACGUGACCUUGAUUCUCCGGUGUGGCAGACACAUUGGACAUCCACGCUGUUUACCGUCCAGUCCCGAUAGUCCCGGCUCAACGCUAACGCAGUGGUCAUAGUCUCUAUGGUGUCUUUUUGGAUCGCUCUGCCCUUGCUUUGUGUGUGUGGAAAUAUUAGUCCUAUCAACUAAUAACCGUUACCAUCACGCAACUAAAGACUGAAGCUGCACUUCACAUUUCCCUGACCGGUUCUGUUGGCUUUCUUGCAGACCGAGCUCACAUCUAGAGCUCAGAAUAUCUCAGCUGCUCGCAUGUGUGGAGAGCGUACGUGUCUUUGUUUGCGUUUGAAAGGUUUUUGGCAGGUUGAUGCAAAUACCUGCGCUUGGAAUUCAAAAUGGACUAAUCUUGUAGUUGUGGAAAAUGUUGUCGUCAUAUAUUCCAGAAAAUGGUUAUUCCUAUAUUAUUUUAUUCUCGUUUAGUGCUUGCAUGGGAUGAGUGCAAACAUAUGGAAUCACAUUUCUGCCUCAGAGUUAAAAAAAGAAAAGGUAAUUGAGAGUUUAUUUCUUGGAAUUGUGACACUUUAUUUUACAAUGUGAUUUCUCAAAUUAUGGCAGAAGUCGUAUGUGUCUCAUAAUUGCAACUUUAUCUCAUAAUUGUGAUUUUUAUGUCUCACAGUAUGACUUUAUUUCUUUUAAUUGCAACUUAAUAUCUCAGAAUUGCAACUUCUUUUCUUAAAUUAUUGUUUUUCAAAAUUGGAACCAUCUUUCUUAUAAUUGUGAUUGUAUGUCUCUCAAUAUCACAAUUUCUCACAAUUGUAACUUUUUAAUUAAAUUGUGACUGAAGUCUCAAUUUGUGAAUUUAUACCGUAAAACUGCAUAUUUUUUCUCAUAAUAGUGAUUUUAAUAUCUCACAAUUGCAAAUUUAUUUCUCUUAACAAGGUUUUUUAUCUCUCACAAUAUGACUCUUAAUUGCAACAUUAUAUCUCACAAUUGUGACUACAACUGUAACUUUAUUUCUCAUAAGUAUGAAUUUACCUCACAAUAUGAGUUUACUUCCCUUCAUUACAGCUUAAUAUCUCUUAAUCGCAAAUGUAUUUAUCUUAAUUAUGAUCUCAGUGUGACUUUCUCAAAUUGUGACUAUUCCUGAUGGCUAUGUCUUCUAUUUUUUACUCUUGAGGCAGAAUUGUGCUUCCAUACAUACGUAAAUACACUGUGUCCACAAAAAUAAGGCAGAAAAUACCUGUUCAAAGAUCACAUUUAAAAUAAAAAUUAAAAAUACCAAAGCUCGGAUAAAUUUAAGUACUUACUGUACUGGCAGCAAAAAAAAAAAAAGGAACAGUUCCAGGUCCAUUGGUUAGAUAACUGAUGAACCAGGAUUCAGUUUCACCCCGUGGCCAAUAGGCUUUCACAGUGAAGCUGUGUUUGAGUUGAAGUCACCCUGCUGUGAAAGACAGAUCAUCUGCUAAGACAAUCACCAGCCAUCUCACUAGAAUAAUGAGUCAGUCCAUCAGACGCGUCCAUUUAACCAGUGAACAUAAUGAGAUUCACAUUUCACACUGUUUUAAUGGCCAGCGCAUCUUUAACUAAGGAUCGAUAUUGUUAAUGUUAAAGAAAUAAUGAGUCAGAGAGCCACCUCUCCUCCUGUGAUCAUUAAAAACAAACCGUGAUACCUCAUGUGUAAAAUUGUGGAUAUAAAUUAGUCUCCUACAUUAUUUUAUUCUGAAAAGAUGCAGUGCUGCGCUAAUUUAUAUUUCAUAUCUCCAGCCCUGUGUUUCAGUCAUGCCGUGGUGCCAUUUAAAGGAAUAUUCUGGGUUAUUUCUAUAGCGUAAUGACACUACCGUUCAAAAUUUUGGGGUCAGUUAGGAUUUAACUUUUUUUUAAUUAAUUGUUUUAUUCAGCAAGGAUGCAUCAAGUUGAUUAAAUGUGACAGGAAAGACAUUUAUAAUGUUACAAAAGAAUACGAUUUCACAUAAAUGCAGUUUUUUUUACUUUCUAUUCAUCAAAGAAUCCUUUAAAAUGGAUUGCAGCACAACAAUUAAAAAAUGUUUCUUGAGCAGCAAAUCUGCAUAUUAGAAUGAUUUCUGAAGGAUCGUGUGACACUGAAGUAAUGAUGCUGAAAAUUCAGCUUUGCAUCACAGAAAUAAAUUACAGUUGCAAAUAUAUUGAAAUAGGAAACAGCUAUAUUAAAUAGUAAUAAUAUUUUGACAAGUAUUAGGGUUGUACUGUAUUUAUCAUCAAAUAAAAUAAAAUUAAAAUUUAAAUAUCUUACUGAUCCCAAUCUUUUGAAAGCUUAAAGCACAGUCUCAUCUGUUAGCAUGAUAAUAUUCUUCAAGAAAAAGAAAAUGUAAUUUUGUGGCCUGGAGGUCUUACAAAAAUAACCCAGAAUAUUCUUUUAAAGGUUUUAGAUUUUUGGUGCUUGAUUAAAUAUAUGGUUCCCCUUGUAAUGUCCUGCUGAUGUGACCAAUCCUUAACCUUAAGAGCAAUAAUGUGAUUCUUCAUAUCUCAUGAGAAAAUUCCCAUUUGGCUUCCCCUCAAAUAGUAUGUAUAUUUUUAUUGAUAUAUAUAUAUAGAGAGACAUAUAUAAUAUAUUGGUGUGAUAAAUGGUAUAUUAUUGCUAGAUCACUAAUCACAGAAGUCUGGGAUAGCUGCACUUUAUAAUGCAGAAAGAAAAAAAAACCAUGCAUAAAAAAGAUAAAUGAAAGCAGUAUUACAGUGAAAACCAACAUGGUGUGUACAGUGUAAAUGCACAUGACUAUAAUUUUUGUCAGAGAUUAUCAAUGUUUAUUUUCUUAUGUUUGUGCUGUACAUGUAUGUGUGGCUGGGGGUUUGUGGGUGUACGAUGGCAUACUGUAAGUACAUAUUGUACUGUAUUUAUCAUGAAUAUUCUUUGAAUUUUAGCUGUAGUAUCACACUGGUUUACUGUGUACCAAAUGGAUGUUUUUUAAUCGUGUUUAUAUUUAUUUAUGUUCUGUUUUAUAGCCUGCACAGAGUUUUUGGUUGUUAAAAGAUGUUCUUUCAACCUCAAAAGCUUUUUUAACUUCUGAUUCCUAUAUUUUCUUCUCCCAUACCACCUCGAGAGUCAUUACUAAAUGGUUUAUUUGGAUACUAUAGAUGGAUUCACAUCGAUGUGAAUCCAUCUCUUUGAGUCCUUUUAGGGCUUUGAAUUCAUGACCUUUUACACUGUAG